GAAGAGGGAUCCAACUAAGCCCCAACCCCCAGUUAAAACCAUCCCACCCCCCGUCGCCGUCGGGAGCGUGCAGGGCUGGCGACUGUCGGAGCGCUCCUCCGCGACCAUUCAUUCAGUUACACAGAACAGCGCACUUUUCUCAUUCGGUGUGUGAGUGUUGAUGAGGUUAGUUGUGAAAGAGCCUCCGUGCGACUCCAAGAGAUACCCCCAAAAAGUGCAUCGUUAAGGGGAAACGUUCAAUCGAAAUUCGCCCAACGGAAACGGAACGGAAGUGAAGAAAGAAAGCGGCUGACAAAAUAUUAGCGGUUGUUUGUCUGCGGAAAGAGGACAAGGAGGACUGGAGAAGGAGGAUUGAGCUGUGUUGCAUACUUUGGGGCGGACUGCUGAAAUCGCUGCGAAGAUGUUGCUCUCGAAGGGUGGACGUCGAGGCAAUAGCAAGAGUAGCAGCAGUAGCCGCAACUUGAGUGGAACGCGCCCGCAAGCCAAGGCCAACGGCAACUCCGCCAAAGAGUCGCAGUCGCAGUCGCUGUUGCUGCAAUGGCAACACUAAUCCCAGCGAACGCCGGCCAUCCUGGAGCGAGCGCACAGUCCUCAAAUGUUGAGGCCACAUAUGAAGAUAUGUUCAAGGAAAUCACACGCAAAUUGUACGGUGAGGAGACCGGCAACGGUUUGCAUACUCUCGGAACGCCGGUGGCUCAGGUGGCCACCAGCGGACCGACAGCGGUACCAGAGGGAGAGCAGCGUUCCUUCACAAACCUGCAACAGCUCGAUCGCUCGGCAGCGCCCAGCAUUGAAUACGAAUCCAGUGGAGCUGCCAACGGGGCAACAACCAGCAACAACGUGGCCACCUCCCAGGCAAAUGUAAUCCAACAACAACAGCAGCAACAACAACAACAGCAGCAGCAGCAACAGCAACAAACAGAGUCGGGUAACUCUGUAGUAGUAACGGCCAGCACCGGCGUAGGAGGAGGAGGAGGAGCAACUGUGGUGCCGGCACCCAGUGUGUCCGUGGGUGGCUUCAAGUCCGAGGACCAUCUAAGCACGGCCUUUGGCCUGGCAGCCCUCAUGCAGAACGGCUUUGCAGCGGGCCAGGCGGGGCUCCUGAAGGCCGGAGGGGACCAGCAACAGCGCUGGGCCCAGGAUGGAGCGGGUGUGAUCGCCGCGGCGGCCGCUGAGCAGCAGCCGCAGCUGGUGCAAUGGACGACGGGUGGCAAACUGCAGAGCUAUGCCCAUGUCAGCCAGCAGCAGCAGCAACAACAGCAGCAGCAGCAACAGCAACAACAGCAGCAGCACCACCACCACCAGAGCACACCGAAGUCCAAAAAACAUCGUCAGGAGCAUGCGGCCGAAUUGAUCUACGCCAGCCCUUCCACAUCGGCCAAUGCGGUAGGACAGAAUUUAACCCAAUCCACACCCACCUCAGCGCCCAGCAACAGUAGCGGCGGCAGCAGCAGCUCCGGGGGCAGUCGCAAGAAGUCCUCGGCCCAGGCGCAGGCAGCCGCCGCCGCAGCCAAUGGAGUGCACAUCCAGAAGCGUUAUGCCUGCACCCAUUGCCCGUAUUCGACAGACCGACGGGAUCUGUAUACACGGCACGAGAACAUCCACAAGGACGAGAAGCCCUUCCAGUGCUAUGCCUGCCUUAAGCAGUUCAAUCGGGCCGACCAUGUGAAGAAGCACUUCUUGCGCAUGCAUCGCGAGCUGCAGUACGACAUCAACAAGACGCGUCGCCAUGUGUCCGCCGGCAGCAGCUCGGGCAGCGGAUCCUCGGGCAACUCUCACCACUCGGGCGGGCGAGGCAAUGUGACCAUCAAUGCCACGGGCGUCAACAUCGAUAAUGCCUUCCUGGAGGCCCAGCGGCAUCCCACCUCGACCAGCAUGAGCAUUGUGGAGACCAUCGAGGCGGUGGCCUCGGCCGGCGAGAUGCCGCUGGCCCAGCUCAAGCAGGAGAAGCUGGACGAUGGCAGUGUCCUGCCCCUCCAUGUGGGCGUUGUAAUGAACAAUGCCCAGCAGCCGGUGGCCAGCUCCAGUUCGGGCAGCAGUUCCGUCGGUGGUGGCAACGGUGGUGGCGGCAACAGCAGCGGCGGCUCCGGCCUGCUGAAGCCCAAGCGCGAGAAGCGUUUCACCUGCUGCUAUUGCCCCUGGUCGGGGGCCGACAAGUGGGGCCUGAAGCGUCACCUCAAUACGCAUACAAAGCCCUUCGUCUGCCUGCUCUGCGACUACAAAGCGGCCCGCUCCGAGCGCCUGGCCACACACGUGCUGAAGGUGCACAACAAGCGGGCCUGCAGCAAGUGCUCCUAUCUGGCGGACACCCAGGAGGAGUAUCAGGUCCACAUGAGUGAUGUGCAUCCGCACGAUAAUCGACCAUCUCGCAGCGGCAACUCGACAAACAACAAUGGCAACAGCAACAACAAUGGCAGUGGCGGUGGCAACAACAACAAUGCCGGAGGCAACAAUGUCUCGCAUAGCCAGAAUCUGAAUGUUUUGCGUACCAUUGGCAACACUCUGGUGGCCAAUAACCAACUAAACACCUAUGCCGGCAAUGCUUUUGGCUCCUCCAGUGGCAAUGUGGGAAAUGGGAAUGGAGGCAAUGCCGUUACCAUCUAUACCACAUCCAACGAGGGCGUAUCCGGCACCGGCGGCGGAAACAUCACUGGCGGCGGCGGCGGUGGUGGCCCACUGCAAGAGAUCAUUGUGAAUCCCACAUCGAUGGUCGGUUGGCGUUUGAGCGCCAAUGGAUCGUUGAUACCACCGCAUGAUCUACUCACCGGCGGCCUACCGAAUGCUUCGACGCAAAAGCGCGGAUCGGAGCGUUUGUUUCAAUACCUCGAGGCCGAAGGCAGCGAUCCGGAGGACUAUGCGCGUCUGCUGAAAAUGGACGCCAUUAGUCGCAACACCGCUUCGGUCGCUCAGGAUUUUCAUAAGGCGGGAGGCGUGCACGAGUUGAAAAUACCAGCAAAUCAUCAACUCCUGUUUAAUAAUAAACUGCCUUCGCAAUGGACGACACGAGAGGCUGCUGCUUUACUGUACAGCCUCAGCAACAUGGGCACCCACAGCGGCAGCAACAGCAGCAGCAGCAGUUCCCAGCGACAAAAGUUUGGCAUCCGUGCCCGGCAACAUUCCACGGGGGAGGAUGACGAGAAUACACCAUCGUCGGCAUCCUCGUCGAGCUUCUCCAGCGAUGAGUAUAACAUGCUGUCCACAUCGCCGGUGAAGCUGUUGCGUCAUGUGAAGCUGGAGAAGCACGAGGAGGAUGGGAAGGAGGAGAAGGUCCCGGCCCAAGUCCAGGCAAAGGCGAUGAUGGCGACGGCAUUUCUGGAGGCAGCUAGCUACGAGCAGACGGCCAUCGAGCUGCUUACCAGCAAGCGCAAGAUCAAGGUCGAGAAUGAUGAGGAUCAGGAGAACCAGGAACAGCCACAGCCACAGCAGCGAUUGCAGCUUAUUAAAUCGUCUCCCGCGUACAAAUUGAAUUCCAAUUCCAAUAAUAACAAUAGCAAUAGCAACACCAACCACAAGGACAAGUCGUCGCACAGAAAUGCCGUUCAUCAUAGUCAUCGUCAGGAUGAUAAGGAGAACAACACCAAGUCUGCAGCAAUAGCCGCUGCCGCAGCGGCGGUCACAGCAGCUGCAGCAGCAGCGGCAGCAGGAGGAGUAGGAGCAACCGCACCCAGCACCACCAGCAAUCAAACACCAUUUCUCACCCAAAUGGAAUAUCAGAAUCUAAACCGCAUUGGCACACAGUUUCACAAUUAUGUUAAAGAUAUCAUCAACAAAUACUACGCAGCCGAGACGCCUCUGAUGCUGGCCGCAGCAGCAGCCGCCCUGCCCACGGCCACCACCACGGGCCAGCAAAGGCAGCUGGAUCUGGACCACCUGUCGCCGAGCAAGCGUCGCCGACUGCUUAGCGAGACUGAGGAGUACAUUGAGUAUCUGCGCAACAAGGAGGACAUCACCCUGACAAUUACACCCAAGGCGCCCACAGUAAAGUCCUCGCCACCCCAGCCGCCUGCUUCGUCCCUCCUGAAGCGUCAGCUGGAUCUGGCGGUGCCUCGCAAGAGUCCAAAAAAGGCUUCCCCAGCCCACAGCCACAGCCACAGCCAGGCAGCUAUUUCCAACGGCCACACAGCGAGUGCUGCACGCAAGUCCAUGAGUCAGCUGGCCACCUUGCUGCCCCUGCUGGCCGAUGCAGCCAGCAAGCAGGAGUAUCUGGCCGCUCCGCUGGACUUUAGCAAGAAGUCGGAUGGCGAGAACGGACGCAGCUCCCGCAAGCAGGCGCAGCCCAAGAAGAUACGCCUCACGCCGGAGGCUGUGGUGGGCCUGCUGCGCGACAAGUAUCUGAAUCGCAUGGUCCGCCAAAGACUGGGCUGCCUUAAGUGCAACCAGUCGCGACGCAGCACCUCCAUUAGCUUCAACUAUCACACGAUUGGGUCACUGGCUCUGCACCGCUUCUGGCGGCACGGCCCGACCGGCGGGUCCAGGCGGAGAGUGCAGGCAGCUUUGCUGCUCAGGCGUGGCAGGCAGAGUGCUGCUGCAGCAGAGGUGCAACUGUAGGAUGACAGACGACUCUCCUGAACCUCGUUUUGGGUUAAUUCUCGUGUAAUUUUGGUUCUCUUAAUUAAUUAGCAAAUGUUUGCUUGCCAUAUGGAAUGCAUUAGGCAUUCACAUUGAAAUUGUUUAAAAAAUUGCAUUUAAUUUUGUAAAUUUUAAGUUGUGAUGUACCUGAAAUAUGAUUUCUCUUAAAACAAACAAAAAAUUACUUAACAAAACACGAUUCAAAGAACGAAAUGGGCUCAAAAAUUCGAUACGCAGCCGCAUCUCAAAUGAAUUUCAUUAAAAUUAUUAUCAUUAUCAUUAUCUUAGUUGUAUAAUUGAGCUCUCAAUCUAUCAUAGAAACACACACACACACACACACACACACCAACAAACACUCAACACAUACUCACAAGAACACGGAUAUUUAAAGAUAUAGUUAUAUGUGAGCAUUUAUCAAAUGUUUCAACCCUUUAUAUGAUUUAUUGAAAUGUGAAGUAGAAGCUUUAAUUUGCCAUUUACAAAGCUUCAGUUUAGUUACGCGAAAUGAUUUGCCAUUUAUUUACAAUAACUUAGAUUGUACUUUUCUAGUUGCCUUAGUUUAUUGUAUAAUUUAUGAACCCCGCGCGUGCGCACACGCACACGCAAACCAAACCUCAUUGUCGUACCCUUUGCCUUAUUUCUUAAACGUAAGACUUGAACGUGAAAAUACAUUUAGUUUUAUUUACUUUAGCCAUUUACUUUAGAGUAGCAGUCACGCCCACAAAUGCCCACGUCAAACAUUCUCAUAAGGAACAUUUUAAGCAUAUUGAAAAGAAAACAACAAAACAAAAAGUAUAUAAAUAUUAACGAACGAAACAAAAGCUAACUAUAUUAUUGUACGUGUAGUGUACUUAUGAUUUUAUCAAAGGAAAGCUAAAGGAAAGCACGAAAGGAAAAAGAAACACAAGAACAACAUACAAAAAUACUCAAAGAACAUGAAUAUAAUACCAUACAUACAACUUUUUACCACACACUGAACAAACAAGAAAUAUUUGACUGAAAAGUGUCGGGGGAAAAUAUGAUAUAUAUAGUAUUAUUAUAUCAUAUGAAUGGAAAACAUAACGAAUAAAAGGUAUAAACAAUUUUAGUGUA